ACAAGCUAAUGAUUUCAUAACAUUUAGAUGACACAUAUUUCAACUGUUAUGCAUUGAGGGAGUGUACAUAGAAAUCUAGGACGAAAAGUAGUUUGUCUUAAACAAGACACAGCACUUUUAUUUUGAAAUGAGCACCCCAGUGGCGUUCGCUGGUUCGCUAUGCCCCAGGCAUGCGCAGUUGGUAGAAGUCGCCAACCGCUGCCGGUUACCGACGUUCGAGGGUCUCCACAGCAAUCUUUCCAGACAGCUUCUUCAGGCCUUGGUGCCCGCGUUUUAUUCGAAGUGGGUCGAACGCAGUGAAAAUAAGGUCUUUUGAGGAUAUUGGCGCAGAAAAACCUCACACAACUUGAAUAUUUUUCAAACUGCAAAAGAUGAAGCUGUGGUGGGGCUGGGCGUGUGUGCUUCUCCUCUCCCUCCUGGCUCUCUCUGUGUCCCAGGCUGAGGCUCAGGAUGACCUGGAGAUGGAGGAUGAAACGGAGGAAGCUAUGGUGGAAGACAUGGUAGCGGAUGGGGAAGACUCGGCAGAGAUAGAGGGAGAAGUCGAGGGAGAGGCGGAAGGGGAGAAGGGAGCCGAUGCCAACGUCUCCUUCCAGGUGACCUACAAGACUCCUGUUCCCAUCGGAGAGGUGUACUUCUCAGAGACCUUUGAUGACGGCUCACUGGACAGGUGGCAAGUGUCAAAGACAAUGAAGGAAGAUGCAGACGAUGAAAUUGCUAAAUAUGAUGGUAAGUGGUCUGUGGAGCAGCUGAAGGAGAAUAAAGUACCAGGAGAUAUGGGUCUGGUUCUGAAGUCCCGGGCCAAACAUCACGCCAUCGCCUCCCUGCUGGACAGACCCUUCAUUUUCCAGGACGACGCCCUAGUCGUACAGUAUGAGGUGAAUUUCCAAGAUGGUAUUGACUGUGGUGGAGCCUACAUCAAACUGCUGUCAGACGAAGAUGACCUGGAUCUGGAGCAGUUUCAUGACCACACCCCCUACACCAUCAUGUUUGGUCCUGAUAAGUGUGGCGAGGACUACAAGCUGCACUUCAUCUUCCGCCACAGGAACCCUCUGAACAAAGAUCUAGAGGAGAAACACGCCAAGAGGGCCGACGUCGACCUGAAGAAGUUCUACACCGACAAGAAGACUCAUCUCUACACACUGGUCCUGAACCCAGACAACAGCUAUGAGAUCCUGGUAGACCAGAGCAGUGUUAGUCGUGGCUCUCUGCUUCAUGAUGUGGUUCCUCCUGUCAACCCCACCAAGGAGAUAGACGAUCCCACUGACUCUAAACCUGAAGACUGGGACGAGAGGGCCAAGAUACCAGACCCAGAGGCUGUCAAACCUGACAACUGGGAUGAGGAGGCUCCAGCUAAGAUCCAGGACCCUGAUGCUGUGAAGCCAGAGGGAUGGCUGGACGACGAGCCAGAGUUUGUAGCCGACCCCGCCGCUGACAAACCAGACGACUGGGAUGAGGAGAUGGAUGGAGAGUGGGAGGCCCCUCAGGUUCCUAACCCAGUGUGUGAGACAGCCCCUGGAUGUGGGCAGUGGAAACCCCCUACCAUCAACAACCCUCAGUACAAGGGCAAGUGGAAGGCCCCUCUGGUGGACAACCUCAACUACCAGGGUGUGUGGAGCCCGCGUAAGAUCCAGAACCCGGACUACUUUGAGGACCUGGCUCCGUUCCAGAUGACAUCAUUCAGAGCUGUGGGGCUGGAGCUCUGGUCUAUGACAUCAGAGAUCUACUUUGAUAACUUCAUCAUCACUUCGUAUAAAGAGGUGGCUGAUCGCUGGGCUGGAGACAGCUGGGGACUCAAGAAACUGGUGGCUAGUGCCAACGAGCCAGGUGUGUUUGCCCAGUUGACCAUGGCAGCGGAGGAGAGACCGUGGCUCUGGGUGGUCUACAUACUGACUGUUGGUCUGCCCAUAGGACUGACUGUGUUAUUCUGCUGGCCCAAGAAAUCAGACGAUGACUAUGUGUACAAGAAGGUGGACCCGCCUAAACCUAAUGUAGAAGAGGAGGAGGAAGAUGAUGAAGAAGAGGAGGAGGAGGAAGAGGAAGAUAAGGGGGUCCAAGCAGCUGAGGCCAAAGCUACUGAGAGUCCAAAACCUGCAGAAGCGAAGAAAGAGAAGGCGGAGGAGGAGAGCGGGGCGGCUGGAGGGGACAGCGUAGAGGAUGAGGAGGAGGAGGAGGAUGAAGGAGAGGAGGAGGAAGAGACCAAGUCCAAUGAGGCAGCAUCGGAUGAUGUCAGUGCUGAGAAGGAGGAGGCAGACGAUGGGGGCCACAGCGUGGGGGACGGACACAAACAGGCUGUGAGGAAGAGGAGGGUACGGAAAGACUGAUGAAGACCAACGACAACAAAUGAAGCCUUCUCUCUCUCUCUUUCUCAUCUCUGCAUGCCCUCUUCUCCGGGGAAUAAGGGGUUUCAACUCGCCCCCUCGCUCACCCCUCAAACAGCAUUCACACCCCUCCUCCUUCCAACUGGUGGUCCUAGUGACCAAGAUACUGCCCCUCCUCCUUCCAACUGGUGGUCCUAGUGACCAAGAUACUGCCCCUCCUCCUUCCAACUGGUGGUCCUAGUGACCAAGAUGCUGCCCCUCCAACUCCAUCAGUCGAAUGACAACCAUCCCCUUCUCAUUCCUGUCUUCCUUUAAUCGCUCUAUCCGUUACGCCUCUUUCUCUAAGGCCAUCAAGGCUACCCUGACCCCCCCCCAUCCCUCCUCUCUUUCAAAAAAAGAAUACCUUCGCUUCAUCAGCUGCAACUUUCUAACAUCCCCGUAACUCCCCAGCCCUCCCAACUCAUCCCCGUAACUCCCCAGCCCUCCCAACUCAUCCCCGUAACUCCCCAGCCCUCCCAACUCAUCCCUGUAACUCCCCAGCCCUCCCAACUCAUCCCCGUAACUCCCCAGCCCUCCCAACUCAUCCCCGUAACUCCCCAGCCCUCCCAACUCACCCCGUAACUCCCCAGCCCUCCCAACUCAUCCCCGUAGCUCCCCAGCCCUCCCAACUCAUCCCCGUAACUCCCCAGCCCUCCCAACUCAUCCCCGUAGCUCCCCAGCCCUCCCAACUCAUCCCCGUAACUCCCCAGCCCUCCCAACUCAUCCCCGUAACUCCCCAGCCCUCCCAACUCAUCCCCGUAACUCCCCAGCCCUCCCAACUCAUCCCCGUAACUCCCCAGCCCUCCCAACUCAUCCCCGUAACUCCCCAGCCCUCCCAACUCAUCCCCGUAACUCCCCAGCCCUCCCAACUCAUCCCCGUAACUCCCCAGCCCUCCCAACUCAUCCCCGUAACUCCCCAGCCCUCCCAACUCAUCCCCGUAGCUCCCCAGCCCUCCCAACUCAUCCCCUUCUCCUCAGCUUCCAGUCUUCCUCCCUGAAUAUAGUUCCUAGUUCUGGCUAUUGUUGGCAUUUGUUAUGCUUCAGAAGUAUUUUUUAUUCAAACUAAAGUGUUAAAAAGGGGGUAGCUCUCUCUGGUUGCAUCUCAAAUUAGAACCUAUUCCCUGAAAUAGAGCUUUGGUCAACGUAGUGCACUACAUGGGGAAUAGGGUGGUAAAAAUAGUGCACUACAUAGGGAAUAGGGUGGU